GUCAUUUAUUUUCUUCUCUUAAAAUGUCUAAAAGAGGUCGUGGUGGUACAGCCGGUGCCAAAUUUCGUAUUUCACUUGGUUUACCCGUUGGUGCUGUUAUGAAUUGUGCCGAUAAUACUGGAGCCAAGAAUCUGUUUGUAAUCGCUGUUAAUGGUAUAAAAGGUCGUUUGAAUCGUUUACCUGCAGCUGGUGCUGGCGAUAUGUUUGUGGCAACAGUGAAAAAAGGUAAACCUGAACUACGUAAAAAGGUUAUGCCGGCCGUUGUCAUUCGUCAACGUAAACCAUACCGUAGGAAGGAUGGUGUAUUCAUCUAUUUUGAAGAUAAUGCCGGCGUCAUUGUCAACAAUAAAGGUGAAAUGAAAGGUUCUGCUAUUACUGGACCAGUGGCUAAAGAAUGUGCAGAUUUAUGGCCGAAGAUUGCGUCAAAUGCUUCGAGCAUUCAAUAAUUGAUAAUUGAUGGAUGAUAAAUUUUUUUUUGUAAUUGAAAACAACAAAAAAAUGAUUUUUUUUCUCAUUUUUAUUUCUUUUGUCAACAAAAUUGAAAAACAAAAACAUCAACAAUUGUAAUUUGACAUUUGAACCAAACUUAAAAAAAAUGGAUUAAAAUCAUUUUUCAACAAAAAAA